CAGCUGAAAAAUCAAACCAUACUGCAUGUUAAUGGCUGCUAGUUAUAGGAAUUUUGCAGUACAAUUCUGCCUAACUUUAAUAAUUGCAUGUGCUUCACUCCUUUUAAUUUUACAUGUCAAUUUCAUCAAAGUUAUUAGUUUGAUGCUUUAAUUUAGCAUUGCUCUCUUCUUUGAUACAUCAAUAAUGCACAAUUUCCUUAUAUAGUAAGUGGUAGACCCAAUAUUCUUAAUCAAGAAUUCAUUUUUAUCCAUGUUCUCAACUUAGCUUUCCUCCUAAGUCCUAACCCAUCUUCUUUCACAACUUUUUCAAAGGCAUUCUUUCUUCAACCCUAUACAUCUCAGACCAUUUGAUUUUCCUUGUUGAACGAGCAACCGUCGACCAAGUUACUGGAAGUCAUCCUUGGUCCAUCCCCUGAUCUUGCAUAGAGAAGAAAAAGUUAUGGAGAAGAAAUGUGAAGGCUGUAAAAUGACGGAGAAUUAUAAGUAUUGGUCUGAGUUUCCUGCAACAAAACACCAAUUCUUCAAGGUCAUGCUUGGAGAUUUCAAGCACCAAUUGAGAAUUCCUCGGAAGUUCAUGGAGUGUUUCAAGGUGAAACUCUUACCGUGGUGUACACUUAUAGGACCGAGUAAAAACAAAUGGAAAAUUAGGCUCUCGAGUACAGGUGAUGAAAUGUCAUUGAUGUUUUCAGAUGGGUGGGAACAGUUUGUUCUUGAUAAUGGAGUGGAAGAAGCUGACUUCCUAGUGUUUCGUUUUGUUAAAGACUCCUCGUUUGAGGUGUCAGUGUUUGACAAGAGUGGUUGCGAGAGAGAGGGUUGUCACUUUACCACUAAUUCCAAUUAUAGCUCAAGAAGAACUUCUUGUACAAGUACUCUCCACAUCAACUAUGGUAGUGUUGCUAAAGAAGAAAUUGAGAUUUGUGAUUCAUCAUCAGAGGAUUGCUCUUUGUUGGAGGAAGGCGAAGAAGAGACUAAGGAUGUAAGUCAUGUAAUGGAAGAAGAGCGGGAAGGAAGCUCAAGUGAAGGAAAACUUCCUCAAAGCCAAAAGUACUUCAUAUCGAAUAGGCGGGUUCUAAAACCUGGAGAAAAAAAAAGAGCUUCCAAGAUGGCUGACUGUUAUAGCCGUGGCAUGAAGUAUAAUAAGACAGUGUUUCCUGUUUUUCAGAUAACCAUGCUGCCUACACAUGUUUACAGGGGAUUUAUUUUUGACAAUCCCAAAGAAUUGGGCAAAGAAGCAUAUGAUCAAGGAGCCUCACGAGGUGGAGCUGCGUGUUCCAGGUUCUACAAAGGGAAGUUGGAGAGUCGGAUGCAGAUGGACAAAAGGAGGAUCUAUACAAUGCCAACUCAGAUCAAAGUGGCCGUUAUUUGUGCUGGAAAACAACUUGGAGGAGCAUGAUACUUGUGUCUUUGAGCUGAUUCAGAAGGGGAAAUUAGAUAAUGUUAGAACUCCCAUCUUCAAUGUCCACAUCUUUCGCACUGUUGACCACAUUGCUCCCCUGACUGUGUCAACGCGUAUGGUCUAGCUCCAAGGAAAACAAUGCAAGCUCCUAUCACCCUUUGUUCUGCUAAAACUUAGAGUAGUGUAUUCAUGAAUACUCUAUCUAAUUGUGUGUAUUUCAGUAUUUCUACUAGUGUUGUGUUUAUGAAGGGUUUCAGAACCUUAGCUUACUGGUACCUUUGGAUAUAUACCUCCUCUUUUAACUGAUUUUAUCUUCACUUUGGGUGGAACUUAAGGCAAAUAUGUAUGCAACUUAUAUCUGUUCUUGUGUAAAAUAUUUCUUGAUGAGUUGCUUUUAUCAUCAUGUAUGUUUAUUAUUUUGUGCUGGUUGUA